AUGGCUAGCCAAAGUGACCUGGUGUCACGGGCCAUGCACCAUAUGCAGCGCCUCAGUUCUGUUCGUCACGGGCUCAGUCCUGCACGUCAUGCCCGCCAGCAGCCCGUUUCCUGGUCUCCAGAUGCCCUCCACACUCUCUACUACUUCCUGCGAUGCCCUCAGAUGGAGUCCAUGGAGAACCCCAACCUGGAUCCGCCCAGGAUGGCCCUGAGCAAAGAAAGGCCGUUCCUCCUCCUCCCCCCGCUGAUGGAGUGGAUGCGUGUGGCCAUCGUUCACGCGGAGCAUCGCCGCAGCUUAUUGGUGGACAGCGAUGAUGUCAGACAGACGGCGCGGCUGCUCUUGCCCGGACUGGACUGUGAGCCCAGACUGCUGAAGCCCGAGUGCUGCUUUAGUUCCUUCAGGCGGCUGGAUGCCAAAGCCGCCACAGAUAAGUUCCAGCUGGACCUGGGCUUCCGCAUGCUCAACUGCGGCCGCACCGACCUGAUUGGCCAGGCCAUCGAGCUGCUUGGGCCAGACGGUGUCAACAGCAUGGAUGACCAGGGUAUGACCCCACUCAUGUACGCCUGCUCAGCUGGAGACGAGGCUUUAGUCCAAAUGCUGAUUGAUGCUGGAGCCAAUCUGGAUGUAGCGGUACCCGUUUGCUCUCCCAAACACCCUUCAGUCCAUCAAGACAGCCGCCACUGGGUGGCGCUCACAUUCGCUGUGUUACAUGGACAUAUAUCAGUAGUGCAGCUUCUGUUAGAUGCCGGGGCGAAUGUGGAAGGAGCAGCCGUCCGUAACGGACAGGAGAGCAACGUCGAGACGCCUCUCCAGCUGGCAUCUUCCGCAGGGAAUUACGAAAUGGUUAGUUUACUGCUGGUGCGCAGUGCCGACCCCCUGCUGAGGUCCCGGGACAGUAACACGCUGACAUCAUCGCUCUAUGAGGACAUGAACUGCUUCAGUCAUGCUGCCGCCCAUGGCCAUAGGAAUGUUUUGCGGAAGCUCCUCUCUCAGCCUCAGAAGGUAAGGGAAGAUGUGCUCUCUCUGGAGGAGAUCCUGGCGGAGGGUGUGGAGGCCGAGACGCGGGCGUCUGGCCGGAAUGGACAUUCUCUACCCCCUCCUCCAUCCCCAAACCUCAGCCUGGUGUCAGAAGAUUCCUUGCCCAAGCUGUGUAAGGCCCGUAUGAAAGCUCUGCAGGAGGCAUCCUUCUACAGCGCAGAGCACGGCUACCUAGAUGUCACCAUGGAGCUCAGAUCAUUGGGAGUGCCAUGGAAGCUCCAUGUGUGGUUGGAGUCACUACGCAGCGCUCAGCAAAGGUCGAGAGCCGGAGUCAUGCUCUCCCUUCUGCGAGACUUCACCUCCAUCAAAGAGGAGGAUUACUGUGAGGAACUAGUCUGCAUCGGCCUUCCUCUGAUGUUCAACAUCCUGAAAAACAGCAAGAACGAGGCAAUAAUCCACCAGUCGGGCGUCAUUUUUAGUCACUGUUACGGUCCUGCUCCACUUCCUCCUAUCCAAGAAAAGAAGGCAGCGCUCUCUGCUCAACUCGACCCUCACUUCCUGAACAACCCAGAGAUGUCUGACGUGACGUUCCUAGUGGAGGGCAAACCGUUCUACGCUCAUGGGGUUCUGCUGCUCACGGCGUCCGACAGGUUAAAAAGUCUGCUGGCGCUGAACGGGACGGACAGCACUCAGCCCCGCAAGGAAAUCGAGAUCAGCAACGUCAAGUACAACAUCUUCCAGAUGAUGAUGUCAUACCUGUACUGCGGGGGGACGGAGUCUCUGAAGAUGGGCGUCCCAGAGUUACUGGAGUUACUGACAGCAGCCAGUUUGUUCCAGUUGGGGGCGCUACAGCGGCACUGUGAAAUUAUCUGUGCUCAGAACAUUGACCUCGACAAUGCUGUGAACAUCUACCACACUGCUAAGGCUCAUGGUGCGGUGGAGCUCAGUACAUACUGUGAAGGUUACUUCCUGCAGAACAUGGCAGGUCUGUUGGAGAGGGAAGCCUUCCGUAUGCUGAUACUGGGGUCCGGGACACGGAGCGGGUCUGGAAAAGACUCUCUUCUGGAAGAGCUGGAGGCAACGUCAGCACGCAGACUACGCUCACUGCUAGUGACUUCUCGUGUGUGAAAGAAAAAGAGUGGAAAAAAUAGAAAAGGAAGUACACAAUAAAAGACAUGAAUGUGUAGAUGUUAAGACAAAAGAAAGACUGAGGAACUAUGAAAAGGAAAUGCUAUUGGG